UUUGGUAACAUUGCCUUCCACGUCAACUUUUUUGACAUUACAAAAAGUAAUCGAAAAAUAACAAGUGUUUUGUAUUUUGCAAAUUUUUUAAAAGAAAAAUUAUUAAAAAUGAUUAGUGUGUUAAAUACUAUCGAUACAGGACACGAGGAUAUGAUACAUGAUGCAGAAUUAGAUUACUACGGAUUGAGGUUAGCGACGUGUUCGUCUGAUAACUCGGUGAAAAUUUACGAUAUCAAGAGUGGUACACAAACCCUUGCCGCCGACUUGAAAGGGCACUUUGGGCCUGUGUGGCAAGUAGCAUGGGCGCAUCCUAAGUUCGGCAAUCUGUUAGCGUCCUGCUCUUAUGAUAGGAAAGUUAUCAUAUGGAAAGAAUCAGGGGAGUGGAGUAAACUUUACGAAUACUCUGGGCAUGAAAGUUCCGUUAAUGCAGUUGCAUGGGCGCCGGCUGAAUAUGGUUUGAUACUCGCCUGUUGCAGCUCCGAUGGCUCAAUUUCCAUAAUAAGCUAUAACCAAGACAGUGGUACCUGGGAUGUGAAGAAAAUACCAGGUGCUCAUGCUAUUGGAGUAAACUCUAUCAGUUGGUGCCCAGCAAUAUCUGCAGAUCUAAGCUUAGAUCCCUUAACUAAUAAAGAAGCACCCAAGAGAUUAGUAUCUGGUGGAUGUGAUAAUUUAAUAAAGAUAUGGAAAGAGCAAGGUGAACAAUGGAUAGAAGAGAAACGCUUGGAUAUGCACAUGGACUGGAUCAGAGAUGUAGCCUGGGCUCCUUCACUGGGCUUACAGCGUUCCAUGAUAGCUAGCUGUUCCCAGGACAAAAGAGUAGUAAUCUGGUCUAGCGAUGACAAUGUAUCAUGGUCACCUACUAUAUUGAACACAUUUGAUGAUGUUGUGUGGAGUGUCAGCUGGUCGUUGACUGGCAAUAUCUUAGCAGUGUCGGGCGGAGAUAAUAAAGUGAGUCUCUGGAGAGAAAAUGCAGACGGACAAUGGUUAUGUAUAAGCGAGGUCGCCAAGGGGUUGGGACAGACUACCAAUGAUGAAAGAAGCACUCUAUAACUUCAUUUAAUUUCCAUUUACUAUGCUAUGCUAAAUUUUGUUUAUGUUCUCUUGUAACUAUUAAUGUAAUAUAAUUAUUGAUUAUACCUA